CCUCAAGUUAGAGUUCUAAAUGUCCACCCAAAUUGUUGUUAACAUACCUAAUAUUAUUAUAGGUGGUUAUACAUUUUUGUUGACUUGGUAUAAUAAGCUAAGGCCUACGAACAAGUUCCAUUAAAAAUUUCAUUUAAUCAUAAUUCAUAAAUAUUAAUAUAUUUUAUUGUUAUACGAAAUAAUUAUAUAAAUAUACUGUAUGUGUCCAUAUGCAUGAUAAAUACAGUGUUUUGUCGAGUAAUUUUAAUUUUUUUCAGAGUGGGAGGCUAAUUUUUUUAUUUGAGUCUUAGCUCGGCAACAUAUUGUUGUGUGCAGUUUAUAGUGAUGGGCAGACGCCGCACCUAGGGAAUCAACAACAACAAUAACAACAAUACCAAUACGGCAAUACAUCCAUUAUAUAUAGGUACCAAACGGCGGUCUCCGGUGCGCGUUUCGUCGCUAUACUGCGAUACAGUGUGGCGCCGCCGCCGCUGCACCGCGCACAGCAACCGCUCGCCAGACAGUCGACGGCAGCAGCGUCCGACAGACGCGAGCACGCGACCGACAUGGAACCAUCACCGGCUGCACAGCCGCAGCCGCUGCGAGAGCUACCUCAUGGACAGGAGCAAAACGACCGACAGACUACCGACAACGCCUCGUCCGAGCCCUGUUACAUCGACGACGUCACCGCCACUGUCGCCGAGAAGGUGAUGGCUGCCACGGAGGUCGACCGCUUGGAGACGAACUCGGUGACGGCUGUCAACGGGAAUAAUUUGACUGCGAUGAAGGUCACUGACGAGGGUAAUCCGACUGCAGUGAGGGCCGCUGACGAGAGUAAUCCGACUGCAGUGAGGGCCGCUGACGAAGAGUUCACCGCUGCAGCUACACCGGCGACGUUGCAAAUCACCACUGACGAGAAGGCUGUGGCCGCCGCGGUGCAAGUAUCCGAAGUUAUUGAAAAUGAAAUGAAUAAAAAAAAAGAAGUUAUCAUUAGCGUUACUCCACACAUGCAGAUAAAUAACGAGGAUAAAGAUACCAAGAAUAUGAGUAAAAAACAGCAAAAAAUUGAAAACAAUAAGAUUAUAGCGGAACAUGAAAAGAUGUGGCUUACUACAAAAGAAGCAAGUGCAAUUAGUGCUGAAGAUGUAGUGUCCAGAUUAAGAGUUGGUUUUAGGAGUGGAUUAUCUUGGAAAGAAUGUGAAUUUAGAAGACAGAUAACUGGAUACAAUGAAUUUUCAGUUCAUCAAGGAGAUCCAUUAUGGAAAAAAUAUAUUGAACAGUUCAGAAAUCCAUUAAUACUUCUUUUGCUAGCAUCAGCUGUUGUGAGUGUAUGUAUGAAACAAUUUGAUGAUGCCUUCAGUAUUACUACAGCUAUUAUCAUUGUUGUUACUGUGGCUUUUAUACAAGAAUAUAGGUCUGAAAAGUCAUUAGAAGCGUUGACAAAACUUGUACCACCUACAUGUCGAUGUCUCCGAGAGGAACAAUUAGAAUCUAUGCUUGCAAGAUCGUUGGUACCUGGUGAUAUUGUUUAUUUGAGCACUGGUGAUAGAGUACCUGCUGAUAUUAGACUGUUUGAGGCCAUUGACUUAGCUAUCGACGAAAGUAGUUUUACUGGUGAAACUGAACCAUGUAUGAAAACCACAGAGUUAGUUUUGAAUCCUGUGAGUCAUACAUCAAUGAAAAACAUAGCAUUCAUGGGUACUUUAGUACGGUGUGGAAAUGGCAAAGGAGUUGUGGUAAAUACAGGAGAAAAAUCAGAAUUUGGUGAACUUUUCAAAUUAAUGCAAAGUGAAGAAGCGCCUAAAACCCCUUUGCAGAAUAGCAUGGAUAUUCUGGGUACUCAGUUAUCAGUGUAUUCUUUCUUUAUUAUUGGUUUGAUAAUGAUGCUUGGAUGGAUUCAAGGCAGGCCUAUUUUAGAUAUGUUUACUAUUGGCGUCAGUUUGGCUGUAGCAGCUAUACCAGAAGGCUUACCCAUAGUUGUAACUGUGACUUUGGCACUUGGCGUAAUGCGUAUGGCUAAUAGAAAAGCUAUUGUGAAAAAAUUACCAACUGUUGAAACUUUAGGAUGCGUUAAUAUAAUAUGUUCUGAUAAAACUGGUACUAUAACCAAUAAUGAAAUGACUGUAACUACAAUUAUUACUUCAGAUGGAUAUUAUGCUGAUGUUUCUGGAACCGGUUAUAAUGAUCAAGGCGAAGUUCAUUUACUUAAAUCUUUCUCUUCAGACCAAGCUAAACAAGCUAUAUAUAAUUUGUUAGAAGUUGGAGUUAUUUGUAACAAUGCAACUAUCAAUGGAGAUACAUUACAGGGACAGCCUACUGAAGGGGCUCUUUUAGCAGUUGCUAUGAAGAAUAGAAUGUAUGGUAUUAGUGAUAAAUACUUAAAACUUCAAGAAUAUCCAUUUAGUUCUGAACAAAAACUUAUGGCUGUGAAAUGUGUUAAUAAAUAUGAUGAUGUUAAAGAAGAAAUUUAUUUUGUCAAAGGUGCAUUAGAAAAGGUGUUGAAACAAUGUACAAAAUAUUCUAAUGGAAAUGAAAGACUAUUAUUGAGUAGUAAAAAAGAACAAGACAUAUUUACUGAAGCUUAUGAAAUCGGUAGAAAAGGUCUUCGAGUUAUUGCAUUAGCCAAAGGAGAUUCGUUACAAGAUUUGGUCUACUUGGGAUUAGUUGGAAUUUGUGAUCCUCCAAAACCAUUUGUUAGAGAAUCCAUAGAACAGUUGUAUAAUUGUGGAGUUAAAGUAAAACUAGUCACUGGAGAUGCUCAAGAAACUGCAGUUGCUAUUGGAAGUAUGAUUGGCUUAGACAUGAUUCAUGGACAGACCAUGUCUGGUCAACAAAUUGAUAAUAUGUCUGACCAUCAACUAAAAGCAAUGGUAAACAAUGUAUCUGUUUUUUACCGUGUUACACCUCGCCACAAAUUAACAAUAAUCAAGGCUUUGCAAGCAAAUGGUAAUGUUGUUGGAAUGACAGGUGAUGGAGUUAAUGACAGUGUUGCAUUGAAAAAAGCUGACAUUGGGAUAGCUAUGGGUAAAAAUGGAACAGACGUAUGUAAAGAAGCAUCAGACAUGAUACUAGUUGAUGAUGAUUUCCAAACAAUUGUGGCAGCUAUUGAAGAAGGGAAAGGAAUAUUCUUCAACAUUCGAAAUUUUGUGAAAUUUCAACUUAGUACUAGUAUUGCCGCAUUGUCUUUAAUUGCUUUAGCAACCAUUUUUAGAAUACCAAAUCCAUUAAACGCCAUGCAAAUACUAUGGAUUAAUAUUAUUAUGGAUGGACCGCCUGCCCAAAGUCUUGCAGUUGAACCAGUUGAUAAAGAUGUUGUAAAACAAGGUCCUCGAAAUGUUAAAACACCAAUGAUAACAAAAACACUUGUGUUAAAUGUUCUUUUUUCAGCAUCAAUUAUAAUUGUUGGUACUCUUUGGGUGUUUAAACGAGAAUUGAGUGACAACGAUGUGUCUAAGAGAGACACUACAAUGACAUUCACGUGUUUUGUUUUCUUUGAUAUGUUUAAUGCUCUUAGCUGCCGUUCACAGACAAAGUCAGUAUUUACCAUUGGGUUUUUUUCUAACAAAAUGUUUCUUGUUGCUGUUACACUUUCUAUUGUUGGACAAAUGUUAGUGAUAUACUUUCCACCAUUACAGAAUGUAUUUCAGACAGAAGCACUUACUCUAUAUGAUAUUUUACUUUUAUUGGGAUUAACAUCUAGUGUUUUCAUUGUGUCUGAAAUAAAAAAAUUCUUUGAGCGACAUUUACAAAAAAGGCUAACUAGAGCACCUAAGAAACAAAUGGCAUUUGUGUAAUGAUAUUGAAACUACUACUCUUGGUUACAUCAUGUAUUGUAUUAAAAAAAUUAUAAUAUUAAUAAUAUCCAAUUAUAAAUUAAAUGACAAUCGAAUAGUCAUAAUAUAUAGCAUUAUGUUCGUAAUUUUUUUUUAUAUAUUUAUUGAUGCAAUAUAAAUCUCAUGUUUUUUAGGUUGUGUAUUUGCAUAUUUUAGUUCCUUUCUUCUUUUAUUGACUUAAAUAUUUAUUAUUAUAAUAUCAUUAUAUGUGAGUCCAAAGUGUUAUCUAUUGUGGUUGUUUAAUGCCUUAAUUUAAUUAUUUACUACAGUUAUAAUAUGUUGUAUAAGAAGGAAUCAAUUGUCUAUUAUUUCAUAUUUGUAAAAUGAUAUAUUUUUAUGAAUAAAUUAUUUGUAUGCUUAGAAUUUUAAAUAAUCAUGUUUUAUUGUUUUUUAAAUUUUUAAAACUGUUUCAAUAAAGUAAUAUUGUCUAUUAGUUACUUAAAAUUAACUUUAUUAUUGUUGUGUUAAAAAUAAAACAAAAUAUGUGAAUUAGUUAGUAUUCACUUGUGUAAUUUGGAAACUAAAAAGUAUUCAACUUUUUAUAUAAAUAAUGUAUAGUAAAUUAUAAGUAUUAUUAUUGUUGUUUUUAUCACUUUUUAUAUUAUGUAUAAUUUAAUUAUGACACGUUUAAUAAUUAUACUGUGAAACCAUAUUGUUGGAUAGAUACUAUUUUUUAAUAUUCAAUCAUCUGGAGCUAUUCAUUAUUUACAUAUCAGUAUAUCAGUUUAUCUCUUGAAUUUUAAUCUGGCUGCUUCUUAUUAGUUAAUAGUUUUUAUUAAAUAUAGAUAGGUAUAUUGUAGAACGAAAAUAAAAGUUAUUCAAUUUUAUAUUUAUUCAAAAAUGAUUUUAUUAAAUACAAUACAAUAUUAUGUUGUAAAUUUGUCUUGUAUAAUUAUUAGUUUAAGUUCCAUAUUAUAUGAAAAUUAAAACAAUGCUAUUGGUCAAUUUUUUUUCUAACACCAUAAUAUUUGUAUUAUGUAUAUUAUCUCACAAUUGAAAUAAUAAUAUAAUUUAGUCAAUAGUUGAAG